CCCAUUAAUAAUUGCUAGGGUUUUUAUAAUUAGGGAGAGAAAGAUGAAGCCAGUGGUGGGGACAGUAGUGUCAAACAAGAUGCAGAAAUCAGUAGUGGUGGCUGUUGAUAGGCUUUUCCACAACAAGACUUACAACAGAUAUGUCAAGCGAACUUCUAAGUUCAUGGCUCAUGAUGAGAAAGAUGAAUGCAACAUUGGUGACCGGGUUAAGUUGGAUCAUUCGAGACCAUUGAGCAAGCGUAAGCAUUGGGUUGUUGCUGAUAUUUUGAAAAGAGCAAGAAUAUAUGUGCCUCCAUCAAAAUCUGUAUCUGAGAUUGACUGUAAGACGGGAGUGUCUUCCAGUGCUACUUAGGUGAGAGUUGGCUCAAGUUUACUGCUCCAACUUUGGAAUGCAAUCCAAAGAGCCACGCACAUCUGCCAAGGAGGAUCUAUAGCUGUUCAUCUGCAUAUGGAUUCAGGAUAUCGAUUGACGUAUUGAUUGUAUUACUAAAAGGAUAGACACUCUUCUCUUGUGAAGCAAUUCUUCCACAGGAUAUUGAACUUAUAUUCAGUUUGGAAUAAACUUACCAGCCUUCUUAGAUUCUUUA